AUGACGUCUGGAGGAACACACAAGCACUUGGAAUCUGUCGCAGAUGAAAUCUCCCAGAGUUACCUGACAAAGCCGUUCUCGGAAGAUUCCAGUUUCAGCAUCUUCACCACCCUCAGAUACGACCCUCUCACAUACACGGGAAAACUCGAUCUCUUUGACGCUCUCAACGCAACCCCACUCCAUCACUCCUUCUUCUUCCUACUGUCAUAUCAUGUCGACAAACUCCGAAGAGCAGGAGAAUACUUUGAGUUUCCCACCGGCAAUUUGACAACAUCGGUACUGCUCGAACAUCUCACAAACGCACUCGAAACUGCAGACCGAUUGCUGGCUCACAGGGUUAAGAUAAUUGUCUCCCAAGAUGGAGUCUAUGGAAUCGAGCACGCUCCGUUGCCAGAGUCCAAUACCUUGACAACAGAUGUGCCUGAUUACCACCAAUUCCAAAAGGCCCCAACAGACCACACCUCAACCUUACCCGGUUACCUCCAAACCUGGACAGGAUGGAUCCUCUACUUAGAUCAUGAACAAAGUCAACCUUCGACCUUCACAUCGUUCAAGACAACUAAAAGAGAUGUGUACAACAUGGCUAGGUCAAGGCUCAAUAUUGUUCCCGGUGACCGUAGGGAAGUCUUACUUCAAGAUAAUAACAAUAAUGUCCUCGAAGGAUCUAUCACUAGUGUCGCCUUUUGGAGACAACAGAAAGAUCCUCUUUCCGGUGAUGUUUCCUUCAGGUGGGUAACUCCCAACCUUGCAUCAGGAUGCAUGGAUGGGGUCAUCAGGAAGUGGUUGAUCGACAAGAAUCACAUCAUCGAAGGUGUUGUGUCUGUGAAAGAUUUACAGGAUGGUGAGUAUGUUCUCCUCAUGAAUGGCUUGAUGGGAAUCAAGGUGGCCAAAUUGAUCUUAUAA